CAGGACUGUGAGCGCACCCUGGAGUUCCCAGGAGGUUGAGUUCACGAGCGGCUGGGGGUACGUGGGGUCGCGACGUGUGUCAUCACGUAGAAAAACAUUAAAAUGAGAACACCCUCGUGAUAGAUCUCGCGGCGAGUGCGGCGUGUACGCGGUGCAGCUACGAUCGACGUGCCAAGGGGAAACACGUCGUCGUCGACGACGUCGUCGCGCGCGCGGGGAACGUCCAAUGUCUCGCGACGAGCGUCCGCGCUGACGGCGGAAACGGCGAGCCGAGAUCCAGUCGAGCGACUCGCGACCGCUCUGGCAGCUCCUUCGUUGAUAUCGUCUGACAGUUCGGAGAAAACAAACAAAAGGAGACCACAACAUUAGAGGACCUGCUGCAGGCACAUUUGAGACCCGUGGUGGUUGGUGAAUGGUGUUGCAGAUAGAUUCCGUGUGGGGCUGGGCGUCACCCCCGCUGCGCCUCCAGCUAACCGGGGGGACCAGGGGUACCUCGGGGAGAGCGGCUACGGGUGCCCCAUCCUCGCAGAGGAUGGGCGAGAUAGUCGUAGAGCGCGCUCCUUCCCCAGCACGCCUCAGUCACACCUCCGAGAAGCAUCCGCGCGCGACGCUAGCCGAGCUUAAUAGCCUGCGCCGCCGUGAGGAACUCUGCGACAUUGUUCUCAAUGUCGGUUCCAGGAAGAUACACGCGCAUCGUGCCAUUCUUUCGGCAUGCAGCCCAUAUUUCAAGGCAAUGUUUACCGGGGAGUUGGCAGAGGCUAAACAGAAGCUGAGAGAAGUAACGAUAUACGACAUCGACGAGAUGGCUAUGGAACUGCUCAUAGACUUCUGUUACACUUCUCACAUUAUCGUCGAAGAAGCGAAUGUUCAAACUCUCCUUCCAGCAGCGUGCCUUCUUCAAUUAGUAGAGAUCCAAGAGAUAUGUUGCGAGUUUCUCAAACGCCAAUUAGACCCAUCGAAUUGCCUGGGUAUCCGAGCGUUCGCGGAUACUCACGCGUGCCGCGAGCUACUGCGUAUCGCCGACAAAUUUACUCAACAUAACUUUCAAGAGGUGAUGGAAAGCGAGGAGUUUCUGUUGCUGCCAGUCGGCCAAUUGGUGGACAUCAUCUCGUCGGACGAGCUGAACGUGCGCACCGAGGAGCAGGUGUUCAGCGCGGUGAUGAAUUGGGUCAAGUAUAACGUGACGGAGAGACGGCAGCAUCUGUCGCAGGUUCUGCAACACGUGCGACUGCCACUGCUCAGCCCAAAGUUCUUGGUCGGUACCGUAGGAUCCGACCUGCUGGUUCGCUCCGACGAUGCCUGUCGAGACCUGGUAGAUGAAGCGAAAAAUUAUCUGCUGCUGCCGCAAGAGAGGCCGUUGAUGCAGGGCCCAAGGACGAGACCCAGGAAGCCCAUGCGACGGGGGGAGGUGCUGUUUGCCGUCGGUGGAUGGUGCUCGGGCGACGCGAUCGCCAGCGUCGAGAGAUUCGACCCCAACACCGCCGACUGGAAGAUGGUCGCGCCGAUGAGCAAACGGAGAUGCGGCGUCGGCGUAGCGGUGCUGAACGACUUGCUGUACGCGGUUGGCGGACACGACGGGCAGAGCUACUUGAACAGCAUCGAACGGUAUGAUCCUCAAACGAAUCAGUGGUCUUGCGACGUUGCUCCUACGACUUCCUGUAGGACCAGCGUGGGUGUCGCAGUGUUGGAUGGAUUUCUAUACGCGGUCGGUGGCCAGGAUGGAGUGCAAUGCCUCAAUCACGUGGAACGAUACGAUCCUAAAGAAAACAAAUGGUCUAAAGUGUCGCCGAUGACCACUAGACGAUUGGGGGUGGCCGUGGCUGUACUUGGAGGCUACUUGUACGCUAUUGGCGGGUCCGACGGACAGUCACCGCUCAACACGGUGGAGAGAUACGAUCCGAGAUCCAACAAGUGGUCGCAAGUGUCCCCGAUGUCGACGAGGCGCAAACAUCUAGGCUGUGCUGUAUUUAAUAAUUUAAUUUACGCUGUGGGAGGACGAGACGACUGCAUGGAGCUCUCGAGCGCGGAGCGUUAUAAUCCCCAUACGAAUUCGUGGAGCCCCAUAGUAGCGAUGACGUCUAGGAGAAGCGGAGUGGGUUUGGCGGUGGUAAAUGGCCAGUUGUACGCGGUGGGCGGAUUCGACGGAACCGCGUACUUGAAGACGAUCGAGGUGUACGACCCGGAGCAGAAUCAGUGGAAGCUGUGCGGCUGCAUGAACUACAGGCGACUCGGCGGCGGCGUGGGAGUGAUGCGAGCACCGCAAACCGAAAACUACAUUUGGUAGCUCAGGCCCCCCUCUUCAGCCCAGACGGCUGAAACUCCUCUGACUCCACUCACGCCGGUGACGCCGGUCACUCCUGUAACCCCACCCGCCCCCGUAUCGGUUCCUGUUAUAACUAAUACUAGAAAACGCUACCGCCGAUCGAUGAGCAUUAUAUAAAAAAAUGACGCGUGCAUUUUUGUAAAAGACUUUGCCUUUCUGAAACGUUCCGCCGGGCCGCCCGGCGUCCAGUCUCUUCGGUGUUUGAUUCAUUGCCAACGCCAAGUCUAAGUAUCCCUCUCCGCUCAACCGCGCGUGGGUGUCGUGUGAAUGCAAAAAGGAAAACGCGGGUGUCCUGUCGAUUUACUGCCGUUAUUUUAUACCUUCGUUUCAGUGAGAUGUUAUUUUAUAGGAUCCCCCUGUCGCCAACGUUUGUAUUUGUAUUUUUAUUGCAUUACGUGAUAUAAAUUCCAGCCAUUUUAGAUUUAAGUAAGCCCAUUAAUAAAUUAAGCCUGAGCCUUCGGAGCAGCAGCGUUUUCUCGUGUAAAAAGAAAGGCAAAAUCUCUUCCCCCGACACUUCUUCGCGCCGGAAACUCGUAUGUGUUUCGAAAGGAACUUCUCGCAGCUUCCAUUCUUCAGUAAAUUACCGUAACGAGGACUUAAGUUUCAGCUAUAGUCUUAAUUUAAUUGUACGAGGGUUGCUUUUACACACCCGCUAUACUACGUCACGCUAUACUGCAUCACACAAAGCUAUAACCGUAAGAUGAUUUAAGGAUAGACUGCUUUUUAAAGUACGCGGAUACCUUCUUCUGUUUAUAAGACUGAAUCUCGAAAACAGAAAAUAUAUUCGUAAUAAAUCGUAAUAAAUUUGAUUUCUCUCGUCAAGUUAUCAACGUCAGCCGCUUCAUUUACUACUGGAAAUCGCGCGAACAAUUUUCGUUAAUACAUCUAAUAAUUAUUUUGACAGAGCAUUUAUUGUGUUAUCGACGAUUUAACAACAGGUGUCAAGCCUAAGAGAGAGAGAGAGAGAGUGUGUGUGUGUGUGAGAGAAAGUGAGAUAGAGGGAGAGAGAGAGAAAGAAAGAGAGGGAGAGAAAGGGAGAGAAAGAGAGUGGAUGAAAUAUGUAUGAUGUAUUCGAGAUUACAAAUGAUUUAAACACGAUAUUUGAUAUCGUCCUUUCGUGUUGCUACAAGUAGGCGCCAUUUAACCGAGACAUCUGUUACAUACAUACGUUUAAGUCUACAGAGGAGUAGCCUUAUCGUACAAAAUGGUGAUAGGGAUCAUUGACCAAUAAUCUCAUAAUGUAACAUUCGUCAUAAUUACGUGAUAGGAAUCAAUAGGAUCGGCGAGGAAACGACCAAUGCUUUACCAUCGAAAAUAAUGGGCGCCACCAGUUGUCAGUUGUUUGUUAUUUCGAUGUAGAUCCGACGGCAGCGAAAAUGAUGAAAAUUAACGGUAAUAUAAUUUGCGAGAGGCGACAGCACGCGCGCUUACAGAUCGUGGUUGUUACACGUAUGAGAUUGUUGAAGGCAGCGAAUUACAUGUCUAGCGUAAGAAACUACUGACGAUGUAACGUAAUUCUUUCUAAGCAGCUGGUUGUAAAGAGUAUUAUUCCGAGUCUCCUGUGCGACGGCUUAUUAACGCAUUUCUUGAUUAACUGUCCGAACACAAUACUCCGAAUAGUCGAUUGUCACGUUUAAGUUACGAGCUCGUGAUACUGAUAGAGGAGAGAAGCCGUGGAUCGUCGUCUGAACGAAGACAUAGACGGUUACGAUGGUACGAAUUAUCGUAAUUCGUGAACGAAGUUCAAACAAAGUGUUCAAUAUUCAGUCCCGUCUGAUUUUGAAAAAGUUGGAGCUACAUUCAAGGAAAAUGUUAUGUCAUUUACGUACGCAAUAUUUAAAGUGCGUAGUGCUAGCUGAUUAUUUUUAACUCGAAAACUCGUGCAUAAGAAAAUUGCAGAAUAAGAAAAUUAUACUGAACGUUAUAAAUGAUAUGUUUCUCCGCGGACGAGAAACAUUAAAAACGAUUACGUUAACGAUUUAGUAUGCGUUAGUGCGAAGGACGCGAGGUGUUAAGGCAAAUGCAUCGUUUUAUUGUCUUACUUAAACGAGAUCAAAAACUUGUUCUGUGCAAUUGUUCAGUACAAAGGAAGAGUCAUGAGAUUUCUUUCCUGUUCUUUGUCAAUAAAUUGAAGAAAGUGCGCAUUAGCAACUUGCGCGAA